GAUAGCAAGCAUUGAAAGAUCAGCACAAGAAGAAACAUUUUUACAACUUUUAAAUGCGGCGCUUUCGAACCUUGUACUUUUCAAAAGCCAAUUUGCAGUUAGCCGAGAUAUUUCUUCCAUGUUCCAACGUUUUCAAGAUGGAACUAAUUAUUUUGGAGAUGAUUCUGACAUUUUCCAGGCACGUUUUUGCAUUGUUAUUAAAGACGUUGCGAAAAGCGAUAGAAGUGACAUUGUAACGGAAUUUCAAUCAAAGUUUUCGAGAAUUGUUGAUAAGGAAGAAGAAGACAAUUUUAUAACAAAACUUUACCGUAACAAAAUGUCAAUUCUUCCUUGGCCAGUAUUUACUGAAGCUGCAUUUUAUACUUCGAUUAAAACGUUUAAGGUUAAAUUAGAUUCCCAAGAAUCCCAAUAUAAAAAUGCUCAGAUGUUUGUAGAAAAAAUCAAGGUUUUAAUGACAAAGCUGAAAGUAUGUGAUUGGGGAAGCAUUCGAGCUACGUUAAUAACAAUGAGAACAUUAGAAUUGAAAAAGUUUCUCGGGAAUGCAAUAUCCUUUGGUUAUGAGCAAGUAGACGAUGAUCCAUUUUCUGACCAGGAAAACCAUUCCUCAGGGUUUGAUAACAAUCAAAUUAAAUGCCUUAUGAGCCGCGAUGAUAAAGUUUUAAUUUCAGAUGAUGAUAUUUUGCUUUCAGUAACUUUUGAUCAUGUGGAUGCUUCCAUUAAAUUAAUGCCUGAUACUGGACUUGAACUGUUUAAGGAUAAAGGAAGUUUUAUUGACAUUUCAUCUGGCCUAAGAGAAUAUUUUGAAAAAAAUGUUUAUGCUCGUGGAUCCAUUCCUGAUUCUGAGUGGAUAGACUAUUUAGACAAAUUUUUCAAACUAAUCAUAAAUCGUCGAAUAAACAGAGUUCGGGAAUGGUAUACAAGAAAUCUUUCAAGAUUUUCUCAAGACCAUAAUGAAAUCGUUAUUGCAAAUUAUGCUCUUGAUCAAGAAAUUAGUCGUCUCAGCUUAUUCUGGAAUGCGUGCCGACUUCGUUGUGACAAAUGUGGAUAUGCAUGCCUUAAAGCUAGUCGUCAUGAUGAUGACAGAGAUGAUAUAAAUCAUGAUUGCUUAACAGAUCAUUUGUGUCACCAUUCUUGUGAGUUUGAAGCAGCGCAUACUGAUGAAGUCCUUCCACCAUGUCAAAAUUUUGCUGCACAUCAGGGAAAACAUAGAUGCUCACUCUCACAUGCUUGUGGUGCUCCUUGUAUUCAUAUUGGAAAAAGAAAUUGUCAAAACUUAUGUGCAAAAGACGUUGGACAUCAAGAUGUUCAAGGAAAUGAAACCCAUUUAUGCGAAUCAACAAGGCAUUAUUGUGGUGUUUCAUGUUCAUUAAAAACAGAAACACAGAAGGGAAAAUAUGAAUGUCGAAAUACAUGUAUUAUUCCGUGUGAAGAAGAGCAUAAGAUCCACAAAUGUCAAAAUGAAGUAUGUCCAAUUGAGUGUCCUAUAGAAAAUUGUCGUCAACGUUGUGAAAGUUCAGACCAUUUCCAUGCACUAGAAGCAAAUGCUGAUCAUUUUUGUGGAAAUGAACACCAAUGCCCUAAAGAAUGUGAGGAAAAAGGAAUAUGUAAAAUUGUAACUGAACCUUCUGCUAUUAUUAAAGAAGAAGCUGAAUAUGUGAACAAAUUUGGGAGCUUUAUGUUUACAAAGUAUUCGCAAACUUUCCAAAGAUUACCAUGUUGUGUAAAAAUUCCGCCAUAUACAUUUGAACAUAAGGGAAAACAUGUUCAUGAAAUAAAAAAAGCUCAUGUAUGUGACUCAACAUGUCCAGACGAUGAAGGUAAACAUUUAGUGAAGGGGAAGCAAAAUUUUCACUAUUGUGAUGAAAAAUGUCCAAAUUGUGCAUAUUAUUGCACUUUGCCUUAUGAUCAUGGAAAAAAACAUAAUACAGAACAUUCAACUGUUCACGGAAAUAUGCUUUUAACAACAUUUACUUGCGAAGAUGAUGAGUUUGAAUUCGAAGGUAGAAGAAUUAGCAAUCAAAAUGAAAGCCCGCUAUACCACCUACUGGUAUAUACCGGUAGUGAUUUGGAAGAAUUCACAUCACUAGUUAUGUACAGUGGUUAA